AUCCUGAGAAAAUUAAGAAUUAUGGCCAAGUCCUGACUGACUGGAGUAGUCUGUGCGCAAACAAGUAGUAUUCUGGAGCAAGGGGACAGUAAGAGACAACAGCAAAGAAGAAAUAUGUAAUGAUGGACUGUGGCCAUGACUCAGCAGUAGAGAGCCUGUCUGGAAUACUCAGUGAGAGGAUGGGGUGGGACUCAGGGUUAGAGCCCCUGCCUAGAAUCCUCCAGUGAGGGGCUGGAGACAUGGCUCAGGAGUAGAGCAUCUGCCUAAUAUGAGUGACACUGAAUUCCAAUGCCAACAAGAAAUCCAUCCUAGAACAAGGAAGGAAAUUUUGCUUUUUCCAAUAAUCUGUGUUAUUGUAGUUUUCAAGGUCAAUGCUUGAGCACUAGUAGCCCCAACAAAGCAGGCUUGACCACACUCACCCUCCAUACACCAACUAAAGACAUAAGAAAGAGGGAGAUUUAAUGUAACUUGGUUACACCAGGAAGAGAAACAAAUAGAGGUUCACUGACCCUCAAGUCCAUCUUCAGGGUCCUGAUGUGAAGUUUAGGUUUAAUUAGAGGGCAAGAGGUAGGCAUGAUCAAGCAGUCCUGGUCAAGGUGUGGUGGUGCCCAUCAGUGACACAUGCUUGUUUGGCCCACAAGGUGUUCCAAUAGCUCUGGCUGUGAGACAAUCCCGGGGCCUGAGAUCCACCUCCCCCUGGACCGUGGUGCUUUGGAACACAGCCCAGGUGUGUUCAGAGAGGGUGUGCCCAUGACAAGCUGCGGAGGGAGGGAGGAGAGGCUGGUUACCCCCAGCCUGCAUCUCCCAGGCCCUCUUCUCCCCUGUGCUCUACAUCCAUCCCCAACUCCACCAAUAUCAUCAGCCUCAGGGGAGGCUCUGGGGGCUCUGGAUGAAGCAAACCCAUUUUCACUGGGCAGGACAAGUCACUCAAAGGCCAAGGUCAGUGCAGAGAGGGAGAAGAUGGGAUCAGACCCCACACGGGUGAAUUUGGAGGAGGCAGUUGCCUUCUUUGGCCUCAGGAGAUCUGGGUGGCUGAUCUUCAAGGUCCAAGCUCCUCCCACAGCAGUCACUGUCCUGGCCUCCCCCUGCUUCCGGUAGGACUUCCUCCAGACCUUGCAUCUCUUAGUUCCUCAGAGAAGAGCCCAGAGAGUCAGACUUCUGGUGGCCCUGCAGCUUCAGCUCGACAUGCUGCUGUUGCUGCUGCUGCUCUGGGGAAUGAAAGGCGUAGAGGGUGGGCGUGAAGCCAUGGAGGGUUACACCCUGAGUGUGGAAAGGGAGGUGGUGGUGCAAGAGGGCCUGUGUAUCCGCGUACCUUGUACGUUCUCCUACCCUGAGGAGAAAUGGACCUACAGAGGCCCGAUUCAUGGAUACUGGUUCCAUAGUGGAGCCAAAAUAGGGAGUGAUUCCCCAGUGGCCACAAAUAACCCACAAAGGCCAGCACUGAAGGAGACCCAGGGCCGAUUCUUCCUGCUGGGAGACCCACAGAAGAAGAAUUGCUCCCUGGACAUCAGAAAGACCAGGAAGGAGGACACAGGCUCAUACUACUUUCGCCUGGAAAGAGGACAAGCGAAGUAUAAUUAUGUUUGGAACACGAUGACUCUGAAUGUGACAGCCCUCACUAACACCCCCGACAUCCUUAUCCCGGACACCCUGGAGGCUGGAUGUCCCAGCAACCUGACCUGCUCUGCGCCUUGGGCCUGUGAGCCCCCCACCUUCUCCUGGACUGGUACCUCUGUGUCACUCUUGAGCACCAAUGCCAUUGGUUCCUCAGUGCUGACCAUCAUCCCCCAGCCCUGGGACCAUGGCACCAACCUCACUUGUCAGGUGACCCUGCCUGGAACUGGUGUGACCACAAGGAUGACCAUCCGUCUCAAUGUGUCAUAUGCUCCAAAGAAUCUAACCAUGACUGUCUACAAAGGAGUUGGUCCAGCAACUACAGCCCUGAGAAAUGGCUCAACACUGACUUUACUGGAAGGAGAAUCCCUUCAUGUGGUCUGUACUGUUGACAGUAACCCUCCUGCCAGGCUGAGCUGGGCUCAUGAGAACCUCAUUCUGAGUCCCAUACAGUUCUCAACUCCUGGGUUGUUAGAGCUACCUCGAAUGCACCUAAGAUAUGAAGGAAAAUUCACCUGCUCUGCACAGAAUGUUCUUGGAUCUCAGCACAUGUCUCUGAGCCUGUUCUUAAAGCGGAAAUCAGGACUGAUGGCCGAGGUGGUUCUGGUGGCUGUGGUAGAGGCAGCUGUUAAAGUCCUGCUUCUUGGGCUGUGCCUCAUUAUUCUCAGUUCCCCAUCCAGCCUUUGACAAGGACACUGGGGAGGUGGCUGCCAGAGUGUCCUCUGAGAUGUUCCUGGUCUCUUCACUCAGAGUGAGGUCACGUAGGAAGAGGACAGCGAGGGCAGCAGUGCACAGGGACUGUUCAGACACGGCCACCAGUUAGUUCUCAGGUGAGUGAAGCAGAGCCCUGCAUCUGUCUCACUUCCUUUUGGACCCUCUUUGUAAAGACCAUAGAAUGACCUGCCUGGCUCAGCAUGGCCACAGGUCAGCUGCCCAACCCCAUUCUAAACCCUUGUCCCUGCCAAGCACCAUGAUGCUCUGGGUCUUAUCUCUACCAUGAGCUCUCUCCACCCUUCAUGCCAUGAACCACUGCCUUCUCUCUCUCUCUCUCUCUCUCUCUCUCUCUCUCUCUCCCCUCAUCCUGGACCAUCCUUACCCUUACCCUGUUCUCUUUCUGAAUUCUGAUCAUCUCUGGUCCUCAAAUGUUCCUAGUCACAGAAUUCCCUCCAUCCACUAUCUUUAUGUUCUUGACACUGGCCUUCAGAAUGAUCUUCCAGAUGCAACCAUCACUCACUUCCUCCACUGCCUGAACAGUCCUGAACUGUCACAUAGAUGGAGAUGGGCAGACGUCACAGCCUGCAGUGAGAGCCUUGCAUGGUCUAUGUGCUGCUGGACUCUUCUCCCAAUGUUCUCUGUUCAUUGCAUCAUGAAUUGCUUACUCGGCCUUCCCAGUCCCCUAUAUGGAAAAUUGUAUAUGUGAGUCUCCAUGCCUCAAAGCCCUUCCCCAACCUCUCCCCCUGUCCCUUACCUGAGCACCUCAGCCUCUAGCUGUAUAUUACUCUGGGUAGGCAUGUGCUUGUCAUGCACCUCUGAUCACAUGCAGAAGUGACAAUAUUACUACAUAUGGACCAUUUUCAUACCUCAGGACACAGAACUGCUUCCAUUUCUGUUACCAAAGAUUGACUGAUGUAAAGAUGAGAACAGGAAUAAAAAUAUGCAAAGAAUGAGGACAUGUCAACUGGAGAUGUGAGUGUGAAGACAAUUGAUGCAGGAGAUGAGCUGGUGACACUUGAGUGAUGCUUGGAAAGCUCUCAAGUGAGAAGAAGCAGCCUCUUUGAGUCUGUUGGAGGAAGAGGCCUCCAGGAGAUGGACUGGAGAACAGUGUACCCAAUGGCUAGAGGCAGAAGCUGGCCAAAGUGUGGUACUCACAGAAAAGGACUGAGAUUUAGAACAGAGGGAGGCAGAGGGAGGGCAAUGGAAGAUGUUAAUCUAUAGGGCAUGGUGAGAAACAAGAGUCUUUGAGAGAAGCAGAGCUGUGACUGGAUUUUCAUGUUAAUGGAAUCCCAAGGCUUAUCUGCUAAUACAUCCUGGAACAGCUGAAAGAAGAGUGUGCUUGUCACUGUCACCCAAUAUCUGAGGAAAACAAUUCAGAAGGAAGAAAGGUUUCUCUGGGCUCAUGAUUUCAUAGGUUUCAUGGUCAUGGGCCCUUGCCAUGGGGCUGUGGUGACAGGAACGUGUGGUAGAGGCCUGUUCCCCCCAUGAAAGCUAGGAGAGGCAAAAGAGACAGAGAGGAAUCAGCCAGGGUCCCAAGAUCCAUUUCAGGUGCACACGUCCAGUGACCUCACUCUUCCCUAUACCCGCUCCCUACACAAUCCAUCACACCCAUAUCACUGCCAGCUGGGUACCAGGCUUUAACACACAAACCUUAGGGAACAUUAGACCAAAGCUAUCCUGGGGGCGGGGGAAGAGCUACUCUGCCUCCUGGAGGAGGUGCAGUGACAGGGGUGUGAGCUGCCACGGGUGGAGCUCAGACCGACAUAUCUAAUGGCCUUUGGCAGUGAAGGGCAGAAAAGAGCUGGACCUGUCUUAGGAUGCUUCCUGAGCACCAGGAAUGAGGGCUCCUGCUCCCUCAGUGGUCGGUGUGAGGGGAAGGUGUCAAUUCUGAGAGGGGUCUUCCAUGCACACGGUGAUGUCAGGAGGGUUGUAUCAGCCUGUGGAUGGAGGGCAGGGUCAGAUUUAGCAUGUCAAUGCCAUGUUGGGAAAAGUGACACCCACAAGGGUGGGAACAGACAGCAAAUGAGAAACUGAGCUGUUCCCAAGACCUUAGCAACAGCAGGUGUUCGCUAACAAAUUGUGAUAAUUUAUUUGAAUUGCCCUUGGAUAUUUUCACAAAAUAUUUUCAGCUUAUUAAAGUAAAUGGAAAAACUAAAAUUUAGAGGUUAAAGAGAGGUGGAUCAAGUUUAAAAUCACUCACUGCUCUUGCAGAGAACCUGGGUUUGGUUGUCCCACAUGUUGGGACACAACCUUCUGUAACAGUUCCUGGAUUUCCUUUCCUGGACUCCUCAGGAGCCAGGCACACACGUGCAGCACAGACAUAUAGGCAGGCAAGACAAAUAAGUUUACUCAUACAUAAACAAAAAUUUAACAUUAAAAGUUAGUGUCCUUGGGUAGAAUAUUACUGUGGCCAUGGCAGAGGAGCAGCAGGUGGCAACUGAGCUCCAGGAGUUUGGCUCACCAGAACGCAGGGCUCUGAUUGGUGAAUAUCGGAUAGGCAAGGCCUUGAGGACUUGGGCUCCAGAAUGUCUCUUGCUACUGCUGUGCGUUUACAUGAUUGCCACUGCCAUUUUUCUCUGGUAUCUGGCAUGGUGUGAAUGGGUUUGGGGAGAUCCCCACUGCCUUCAAUGUAGUGUGAUUAUCUCAUGGAAAUAUCCCCUUCUGCCGGGCAUUUCUACCUGUGGGUCAUUGUAGAGAUGAUUUCCUCUUAAGCUGUACUGUUUAAUUAAAAUAAUAAUUUUAUACAAUAAUAGUGUUAGUUUAAAUAGAAUUUUGUUGACUAAGAGUUUUUAACAAUAUUAGUAAAGGAUUAUGAUAGAGGUUAGUUUAGUGGAAAAAUUAAUACAGGUAAAGGUAGAAUACAGUGUUGUGCCCACCCCUGAUAAAGCAGGGUCUGUGAAGGGUAGAAAAUAGGAAAAAGAAAGUGUCACACAGCUAGGACCUACGAGUUUUUCUUGAGGAGCCAUAUAGACUGUGGCUUAGGUUAAUGAUUAAGGAAAGCAAUUAACUCCCAGAAGCUAGACUAGCUCAAGUGCUUUUAAUCUUAAUAUUGGGAAAUGUAUUCAUGGGUUUUGAUGUGCAUCAUAACUAAAACAAAGCUUUAAAUAAUGACUUAAUGUAACUAAAAAACAAAGAGUUGAAUGGUUAGUUAAGAUAAUUGGACAGGACUCUAAAAUAUGAAAAGUGAAACAAGUAACCUGUUUUUCUGGCAAUUAUAAAAACUACUGCCAAUGUAAAUGGUUAUGAAGCUGAAAGGUACCUGAUCUAUGAGGAGUCUAAAAGAUAAAUGUUUAACUGAGUGUGGGCUUCUCAGAAAGUGCAUAAAGAUGUGGUUGAGAAAUAUAAAGGGAUUGACUUGUUCCAGAAAAAUAUGUUUUAAAGGUGAUUAUGUGGUAACUGUGUAACUUUUGGUUAUAGGAAAAAUCCUCUUCUUGUAAGGUGAUUAUGUGGUACCUGUGUAACUUUUGGUUUUGGGGAAAAUCCUCUUCUUGUAAUGGACUUGGUGUGGGCAAUAUAAAAAGGGUUUCUGAAAAAUAAAGAAAAGAGAUUAUAGAGAGACCCUCAA